GCACGAGGCAGGGCAAAGCGCACGUGCGUGGAGAGCACGGCAAGGCGUCGGUUGGGAGGCACCGCGCGCGCAAGAGCCCAGCCUAGGCCGCUGAGCGGGUGAUCGAUAGUCAGCGCUUGCUGUUUUGCAGGUAGUUGUUGGUUAGCUUACCCGUGAACAGAUCAAAAUGAUUUCGUCACUUUGCUGGGUGCCACGAGGCGCUGCGAAGCCCAUGCCAAAGCAAGCCGACCCGACUGAAGAGGAGCUAGCAGCCAUGCGUGAGCAUGCGUCUAGACUCGCAGCUGAUGUAGGGACGCUUGACGGCAAUGGCAGCGAAAGCGAACCGAGUGAUGACGAAGAUGACGACGGAGAUGCGGAGAUGCUAAGCGAAGGUGAAGAUGGCGAUGGUCAAACGGAGGCGGAGCGGGAGGCUGCUGAAGUUGCACGCGCGCGGGCUAUUGCUGCCUCCUUGGGGAGGGAGAAAAAGUGCAAUGCAAAGAAGGCGGAUGUGGAUGAUGAGUUGGCAGAAUUGGAUAUGGACAAAUAUGACGAGGAAGAUGACAAUGGUUCUGUGAAUCUGUUUGGCAAUGGGGGUCUCGGUAAUGUUUAUGCGGGCCCGGAUGAAUAUAUCACCUUGAAAGGAGAUGAUGUUGAUGAAGAUGAAGAGAUCGAAGACUUCACAGUUCGGGCCUCUGAUCUGUUAUUCCUCGCUUCAAGAAAUGAAGAUGAUGUCAGUCACAUUGAGGUCUGGGUUUAUGAUGAUAGCGACGAUGCAGAAGCAGCAGGAAACAUGUAUGUUCAUCACGACAUCAUGCUUUCGGCGUUUCCCCUUUGCUUGGCUUGGCUGGACUUGCACCCAACAAAACAUGGAACUGUGCCAAAAAGUAACCUGGUUGCAGUUGGGACAAUGACACCCGAAAUCGAAAUCUGGGACCUGGAUGUGUUGGAUGAUGUCGAACCAGUGGCCAGUUUGGGCGGUUCGGUGGAAGGAAGAAGCAGCAGCAGCAGCAGCGCACAGGAGACGGCAGUCGUGACCGACAACGGUGGCGGGCCGAGGAGGGAGGGCGGUGAAUCGAGACGAAGAAACAGGAGCAAACGGGCGCCAGCUUUGAAGGAAGGAAGUCACACAGAUGCAGUCCUGGGGCUGUCAUGGAACUAUGAGCUGCGGAACGUGUUGGCGAGCGGAUCGGCUGACAACACCGUGAAGGUAUGGGACAUAACUACUCAGAAAUGUGAUACGACUCUUUCUCAUCAUUGUGGGAAGGUGCAGGCUGUGUCUUGGAAUCCGGCGCAGUCAAGUGUGCUGUUGACUGGGUCCUUCGACAAGACGGCAGCACUAGUGGACAUGCGAUCUGGCAAUCACAGUCCUAUCACAUGGAGCCUGACCGCUGAUGUGGAGUGCAUUGCCUGGAAUCCUCAUUCUCCUUUGCAGUUUAUCGUUAGCACAGAGGACGGGUUGCUGAAGUGUUUCGACGUCCGGACAGUCCAGACCACUGGAGGGAAUCCCCAGCAGCCACAGUUAGGAGGGGCAGGGAUGCCUCUCUACACUCUGUCUGCGCAUGACAAGCCGGCGUGCUCCGUCUCGUUCAACCCGAUUGCUCCCAAUCUGUUGGCCACAGCUUCCACAGACAAGAUGGUGAAACUGUGGGAUGUCUCCGACCACAGGCCGAAUUGCCUGGCAUCCACAGACCUCAAGGUUGGCGCCGUCUUUUCUGCCGUCUUCUGCAAGGACAAUCCUUCUCUGCUUGUCGCCGGUGGGGCCAAGGGAAAUGCAGUUGUGUGGGAUGUCAUGAAUGCCACACCAGUGGCAAACAAGUUUGGAUCUCUCUUGACGAGCAGAAGGGGGUCUGGACCGGGUCUGGAACAGAAGGGAUCAUAGGGAGCGAUCUGCUCGUCUUAGCCCACCCAGUUAGGCCCUCAUGAGCUGUGGUAGAAAGACCCAUUGCUUACACGUUUGGAUUGCACUUUUCUUCCUUUUCUAUUUUCACGGAACUGUAUGGGGGAGGGAGGUAAGGUCUCCGUCCAGUACUUCCUGGAGAGAGAGUAGGUGUGCUUCUCCAGUCAGAUUUCUAUUUUCUCUGACGGGCACGGGGAGGUAAGUUCUCGGUCUGGUACUUCCACACUUCUGGGGAGAGUAGGCUUGCGGUUCCCAUGAUAGAGCGAAUGAAAGAGAUGAGGGGCGGCGAGUGCCGUCUUCCCCCGAGCAUAACGCAUCUAUGUUGUAAACAAGCACAACGCAUAGGUUGCUUUCUGUUCGAAUACAACUCGUGUGUGCUCUAUUAGAACAGACCACCUUAUUUUUCAAAUACAACGCGCAUGGGUUCUGUUCAAAUUUUCUCGAUUGUUUUGGAAACUCGAAUAUGACGCAGAUGCAUUAUGUUCGGGGGAAGACGGUAGGUUUGCUGUUUCCUUGAGACAGUGAAGGAAAGAGCAGAGGAUGCAGAAAGACCCAGUUUUUACAUCACACUGUUUUUUUUUUUUUUUGGCUUUUCUGUUUUCUUUGAGGGUCAUGGCGGGAAGGUAGAUUCAAGGGUAUUUGCGCUAUUAGAUGUCUGCUGUCCUCAGCAGAGAGCGAAUGAGGGAGAAGAGGAGGAUGAUGUGGCUGCAUUCCUGCGGAUCUUCUCACUUAGCUGCCUGAGCAGUUCCUGAUGUUAGGAUGCAGUUCUCUGGCUUUUUUGGGGUGGGAAAGGAAGGGGUGUUAUAUUUUCUUAGCGCACUUGGUGGAGUGGGUGUCUGCCAGCUGCUCACAGCGGACAGUGAGCGAUCGAGAAAUAUGUGCUGCCUUGGUUUCAUUCCUGCUGGGCAGUUCAAGAGGAAGGGGUACACAGAGACAUACAAGUGUUCGGUGAUUAGAUAGUGCCUUUCGGUCCGAUUAAGGAAUGCGAUUUGGCUGAGAAACAUUGAGAGCAGAAAAAAUUGUCAUGGUAUGCCAUUGCUGUGGUUUGGGCUUUGCCAGCUUUAUGUUCACACCCAUUAUGUGGAGGCUCCAAGUUAUAUUGCCAUUUUGCAC